AUGGACGCCCGCCAAAACGAUCUGCCGGAAUAUGAAUGGGAAGCGGCCGGCGACGGGCCGGCGACUCCGAGCGCCGAUAACGUCUUGCGGCUGUGGAUCAUGGCGCACGACCGCGAUUACGGGCCAGCCGCCGGUGACCCCGGUAUCGUUUACUUGAACAUCCCCGGGAGAGGAGCCGCAGAGCCGAACGACGCGGCCGGCGUACCGCGCUAA